AGUGGUCGCGAGUAGCACGAGCCCGACAACCACGCCUGAAGUGUAUCUGUAUGAUAUGCAGUUUGUUUAGUGAUGUGCACUUUGGUGAUUUGGUAGAGCGUUAGAGGUUAUGCUUGUGUCAAAGAAACAAUAAUUAUUCAAUUUGCUUUAGUCAUGUAGAUAAUAUUGCCAUUUUGUAUUUUGCCAUUUAUUGUUAUGUAUAUUUAAUAUUAUAUUUGUUUGUUAAAUUUUGUCGUUUAUCUAUUAGAUCCGUUGCUUUGUUGUUAUAUAUUUGAUAAAAAUAUUAUUAAUGCACUUUGUACUCUGAAGCUGAUAACACUCUUGUCAAUGAGCUACAUGACUUUUCACUUAAUUCACUAAAGUACUAGUCAAGAUCAGUCUUGCCAAACAGCUGCUUCCUAAAAUCAGUAUACGUACCUGAUUUUUCUCAAACAAUACAAUACUAUAGUAUAAAAAAUGAAUAUUGCUUUGAUAUCCGACUAUUUGGACACUUAUGAAGGACGAGACAAGUUCCUCCGAACACUUUCCUAUGCAGCUAAAUUGGCAUCAGGAUUUCCAUCCUCUGAUGAUACCGCUGACAAAUUCAAAAGCUUUGGAAGUAAAAUGAGCGGAGCCAGAGUUAUUUUAAGACUACUGGAUGACAUUCCGAAUAUUCAUCAUGCCAUGUCUUACGGAUGGGGACAGAAAGAACCCGAUUGGUUUAUUAGAACAAUAGAAUUAAUUAAAAUAGCAGUGGAUACUUUCUAUGGUCCUGUAGAACACAUUUGUUGGGCUGGAGAGAAUAAGCUUAUUCCUAUAGACGUAGACAAAUGGGGAAAUGCUACAGUAUGGUUUUGGAUAGGAUCACUUUACCUUUCACUAAUUAAAACUUUGAGGAAAUACAAACUGCUUAAGAAGCAGGAAAUGAGUUUCAGCAAAACUGGGCUUGAUCCAAGAUUUAAUAAGGCAAAACUUAGACACCAACAGAAUAAUGAGUUGCUUAUUUGUCUGCGCUUGAUGCUGGAUUUGAGUUAUGCAGUCAGUUACCUACCAGCAGGAACGCUUUGGGGCGGAAAGUUUUCUGCUUGGCAAGUCGGUGCGCUUGGUACGAUUUCGUCGCUUAUUGGUGUUUAUCAAGCACUAUCAAAACGAAUCGCGCAGAAAAAUAGUUGAUUUAUUUAAAUUGACUAAAAAAAAGCAGUAUGUGAAGCCUGGUUUAUGGGGGAAAGGUGUAA